CCUUGCCUGCUUCUGCCCAAGCACAGAUAGCUGCUCGCAAUGCGGUGAACACGAUAACCGCUACUGACCGCAAACCACCAUACCAGCAGCAAGACGGCUCAGGGCUCCAGCGUCACCACUACAUCAUUUCCGCCACAGGAGCCCUUCUAGCAGGCUACGUUCGCCGGCUUUAUGGUGAGACGGGGCGGGUAGUACAGAGCCGCCGUGCUCGGUGAGGUCGGCUGAUUCCCGUCUCUUUUCGCCUCCUCCUUCCGUUACAGCUUCGGCCCCGGAGGGUUCUUCUCCCAGGAGAAGAGCGUCGUAGGAAGCGGCAGCGAUGAGCGUCGCGGAGCGGCCUGAGGAGAAGGAGGGGGCGGCGGCCGCGGAUUGCCCCGGACGCUCGCUGAGUUCUAGUGAUGCAUCACCAGAUGAAGGAGUGGUAGAAGAUCUCCCUUUAAUAGAUGAGAAAGCUGUGGAGCAGCUAACUGAGGGAUUGGUUUCUUAUUAUCUGCCUGAUCUUCAGCGAUCAAAAUCAGCACUACAGGAACUUACACAGAACCAAGUGGUGUUACUAGAAACGUUGGAACAAGAAAUUUCAAAAUUCAAAGAGUGUAACUCCAUUCUUGAUCUUGAUGCUUUGUUUUCAGAAGCUAAGCACUAUCACAACAAGUUAGUGAAUAUUAGGAAUGAGAUGAUGAUGCUCCAUGAGAAGACAUCAAAGUUAAAAAAAAGAGCACUAAAACUUCAGCAAAAGAGGCAGAAGGAAGAACUGGAACGAGAACAGCAACGUGAGAAGGAACUUGAAAGAGAGAAGCAGUUAACAGCAAAACCUGCUAAGAGAACAUGAAAGCAGAGAAUGCAACAACUUGUCCAGAUUAAUGAUUUCUGCAUUCUCUGGAGUUAAGGCAGAUGUUACUUAAACUGGGCUAUAGCUGUUGAUAGCUACAGUCUACUGUUGUAAAUUCCAGAAUGGUAAUAGGGUUGGUAAUAUUCAAUUUUUUUCCAUUUAAGCCAUUCAAGUUGCCUUCUUUUGUAAUGCUAUGCAGUUUGAUAUUGUUACAAUAUAAGUUAAUUUUUAUAGAGAAAGAGAUAUAUGUAUGUGUGUAUAGAAAAACUUAGGCAUCACAGUUCUAUGUACCCAUCCUUUUUUUUUUUUAUUUUCCCCCUUGUGUUCUCCGGGUAUUUAGAUUUCUGAGAGAGAUUUGGUGGCUGGCAUACAUGUUUUUCAGACAAAAUACAGAAUACUAGUUACAAUUAAUUUCUCAUCACCAGACUCCAGUGACCACGUUUCACUGAAACUGCUUUGGUUCAGGGAGUUGAGAUCUCUUUUUGAUGUCUUGUUUCAUAAAUACUGACUUUCUGUGCAGCCUUAAGUUUGGUCUGUCUCUAAUGAACUAAAGUAACUUCCAGUGUAUUUGCCCAAAAGCUCACUUUAUUGCAGCAGUGUUUUAGGUUUUGAGUUUUUUUGGUUCAUCAAGUAACUUAAAAACAGCUUGUAACUAACUUCUGAGAAGUUCCCAGCUGAAUUGGUUGAGGUGAGGAGGAAGCAGAAUGUAGAAGAUUGUCAAAAUUUGAAGAUCAAUGCCUUUGUGCUUCCACAAAUAUUGGAGUCAAACCAGGGAACUGUUGCGUUCUGUAAUGGUUCCACAGGAAGGCAGUGUGGUCUAAGCAGAUUGCUGCAGGAUUAGAAGUUGUACUUUCUUCAUUUUGUGUGACAAAAUAAAGCACAACCAAAGCUAAACAACUUCCAUAUCAUGUGAAAUUCAGUUACUUAUAGGAAAAACUGCUGUAUUUCAUUUUUUAACUUGACAAAUUAUUCAUUUGCUCUUUGGGACUAUGUAAGAUAAUUUUGUUAUGUUGUUCUCAAAUUGGUGAUGAUUAGUGUUUACUGAUGACAAAUGUGCAAUGGAGGUUGAUACCCAUUUCUCUGAAUGUAAUUGCUCUCUUGCAGCACUUGGUGUAAACUCCCAUUCAAAAAUGUACAUGUUGUCUAGACUGGUAAAAGAUCUUUAAACUACCUAUUCCUACAGUCUAACAGACUAGUUAUUUUAUAGCUGUGUUAGUUUUUAAGUAGAAUUGUAAGUGGUGUGUUUCAAAAUAAGGUGAAGGUUAAGCUAUGUAAACUUUUCCAUUAAAUAUGUAUGGUAAGGUAGCAGAGGGGCACAGUCAAUUUUAGUUUUUCUUCAAUUUUAGAUGAUUUACACAGUACACCUGUCUGGACUCUUAUGUAUUAUAAUUUUCUGAACUUUUAAUUUUGUGUUCUUAAUAUUUGUCACUUUUUUCCAUGAAAGGCUUACUCUAACAAAUAAUUACAAGGAGAAACUGAGGGAGCUGGGUCUCUUCAGUUCAGAGAAGAGGACACUAAGUGGUGACCUUGUUAAUGUUUAUAAAUAUGUAAAGGAUGAAUGCCAAGAGGGUGGUAGUCAGGCUCUUCUUGGUGAUGCCGAUGACAGAACAAGGGGCAGUGGGUGGAAGCUGAGGCAUAGGAAGUUCCAUGUAAACAUGACGAAAAUUUUUUUCACUGUGAGGGUGAUGGAACACUGGAACAGGCUGCCCAGGGGGUUUGUGGAGUCUCCCUCUCAGGAGAUAUUCAAGACCCAUCUGGAUGUGUUCCUGUGUGAUCUGGUACAGGUGAUCCUGCUCUGGUAGGGGGGGUUGGCCUAGAUGAUCUUUUGAGGUCCCUUCCAGACCCUAACGUUCUGUGAUUCUGUAAUUAUCCCAUAUGCAAGGUAAACUGGGAUAGUGUUUUUGAGGCAAGGAGAACAAACUUCAGUGAAGAGACAUUGAAGUGCUGUUACUGAAGCAGUAAUAGAUUAAAACUUUUCACAGGUAUUUUUCCUUUAAGUUGACUUGUGUUUGUUAAUUGCUGGUAGAUAGUUGACCUGUGCUAUGGUUUGUAUGUAUUUCUAAGAGAAAUGUAUAGAAUUUCCACAGUCCAUUUGUGGAGCAGAAUGUACAUAGCUAAAUAUUUAAGUAUUUUAUGUUGUAAUGUCAUUUCAAAAUUAGAUUCUGGGAAUUUAAACAGUUCUUAUUAAAGUAU